CUCUGAGGCUGCCAGAUCAGUGUAGGGGUAGCUGCUGUCACCAUGGCUCUCAGCGACGCCGACGUCCAAAAGCAGAUCAAACACAUGAUGGCUUUCAUUGAACAGGAAGCAAAUGAGAAGGCCGAAGAAAUAGAUGCAAAGGCAGAAGAAGAGUUCAACAUUGAGAAGGGUCGUCUUGUGCAAACACAGAGACUGAAGAUAAUGGAAUAUUAUGAGAAGAAGGAGAAACAAAUUGAGCAGCAGAAGAAAAUUCAGAUGUCCAACUUGAUGAACCAGGCAAGAUUGAAAGUCCUCAGAGCCAGAGACGACCUCAUCUCAGACUUAUUAAGUGAAGCAAAACAGAGACUCUCCAAGGUAGUGAAAGAUACAACCAGGUAUCAGGUGCUUUUGGAUGGUCUGGUCCUUCAGGGUUUAUACCAAUUGCUGGAGCCACGAAUGAUUGUCCGUUGCAAGAAAGAGGAUCUCCCUCUGGUCAAGGCUGCAGUGCAAAAAGCAAUCCCUAUGUAUAAGAUUGCGACUACAAAGGAUGUUGAUGUCCAAGUUGAUCAGGAGGCAUACUUGCCAGACGAAAUAGCUGGAGGUGUUGAGAUUUAUAAUGGGGAUCGUAAAAUAAAGGUUUCUAAUACCCUAGAAAGUAGACUGGAUCUUAUAGCCCAACAGAUGAUGCCAGAAGUCCGUGGGGCCUUGUUUGGUGCUAAUGCCAAUAGGAAAUUUUUGGACUAAGCCUCUGAUGAGGUGGGAUCCAUUCCAUCUGCUGUUUUGAUGAGUUAUGUGUGUCUAAAAUUGAAGAAACAACUAUCAAUAUUCCUCCUUUCUGA